AUGACCGCAAAAAGUACCGAUCUGGUCAUUGUCAAAUUUGACUACAAACCAACCGAUAUUCAUGAACUGGGCAUCCAGAAAGGAGAGCGCCUCACUCUGCUGGAUGAUACACAGCAUUGGUGGCGGGUAAUGAAUGCUCAAGGAGCCACGGGUUAUGUUCCCAGCAAUUAUGUUAAACGUUCAAAACAGGGUAUAUUUUCCAGUCUUCGAAACACACUGGGGCGACGAAAGAGCAGACAAGACGAUAACGGUGUCGUAGCGAAACACGGCAGCGUGGAAUCACUUGGUCACAAAUACUCUCAACCUACACCAGCCUUGGAUAGCUUCACAUCGCCUGGCGGAUAUGGUUUAGGUGAUAGCACCGGUAACUCCGGCACAUUCAACCCAUAUUCCAAUCUAGCUUCAGCCAAUGCAGACGGGUCCGAGUCUAUCCAACGACCAGGAGCGUCCAGUUUCGAUACACCCGGGGACGAAACCCAGGAAGAUCGAACCCAUCCCGGUGCAGAAAACUGGGGAGGCUCCAUGGGCAAUCGGCAUCACAGUUCCUCCCAAGUACGUGUGAUUUUUUGCUUCCUGGUUUUUAAUCUUGCAAACUGCCUUGAAAAGAUCGGAAUAGAUAGAUAA